AUGUCUUCAAGUCCUUUCCCACAAUGGUUGCUCAUUCACUACGCGUCAAUCAAGACGCAAUCGCCAAACCAAGGGCGCAGACGGUGGAAGCUUUUGGUUGCACAGAAGUUCUGGGUCUCAGCCGAGAAAACGUUGCCAUCUACGACUGACACUGGCAAUGCGGAGUUCCAUACGGAUAAUGAUCCUUUUGACGAAGCGUCCACUCACAGACAAGAACUGGGUAUCCUUUUGCGAACAGACUUUUCCAAUGAGGCUGCUUGGUUGGCUUUCUGCAGUCGAUUGGAAGAAGGAGAAAGGGAAUUUGCAGCUAGUCCUUCUGAAGAAGAUGACACGACGAUGGACGAUCAACCUGAGCCCAACAGAGCAGGUCAUGGUACCGCUGCAACGACAACAGAAGAAGAUGCCAGUGAUGAAUCUGAUGAUGAGAGCUUGCUAAGUGCAAUUUUUCACAUCGUCAAUCCAUCUCUACCCCAGGAACGUGCCUUGCUAACCAACAUCUCAAAUCUCACCGCGCUUCGCUUAUUCAAUGACGUGGAUGUCCGACAAGCCCCCAUUCCUCCGCCAGAUGCCAAACGCAUCAGGCCUCCAAACAGAUUAGUCGACUCAGGUGGCUGGCAGGAGGUGUAUGUGGGGGAAAACCUGUGGAUAUACGAUGCGAGGUCUAACAGUGAUCAAUGCGUGCGGGUUGUCAGUCAGACCAGCUCGGACGUGUACGGGACAGCAACCGCCGAUAGCUGGAGAGCUAGGGUAUCUCAUAUCUGCGAACUGCAAGUAAACCUGUCUUCGGGCGCGAUGAAGAUCGACUUUGGAGGCCUGGAUCGCUGGGAUUACGCGGAACGUCAACGAAACAUGCAGGAAGCUGAGGCCCCCAGUCUCCCUUAG